UUAGGGCCUUCAAUUUUCACCAUGUGCAGAGUCCGACAAAGAAUCAUGCACACAGUUUGGCAGUCGUCUUGAAGAGAAAUCAAAUGAAUCAGAUGAUGAAUUGAGACGUGUCCGAGAUGGUACGUCAAAUAGGAAACGUUUCGGUUCUCGAUCAAACAAAGGAACAGGCACGAAUCUGUACGGUCGCCCGUAUUGUCCAGGCCGACCACUGAGCAUGGAGGAUCGUGGAAGAAUAAUUGAAUUACAUAAGAACGGUAAAAAGGUGAACGCGAUUUCGAAGGAAUUAUGUAUAUCACAUGGUUGUGUGUCUAAAAUCAUUUCCAGCGUCGAGCCCGGUGCAGCGUCGCCCAAGAAGGACAAAAAAAAGUUCACCUCAAGCGCCCCACUCAGUGCCAUCGAUGGAAGUAAUUUGUGA